AUGACCGUUAAGGAACCACCUCCACUUUCUUUGUUGUUACCCGGAUACGGUACAGUAGCAAAGAGUAGCCUCGUUACCUUCUCUACAUCAACUCAAUGGCUUUGGUAUUUUUAUCUUACGGUAUGGCCACGUCCAUUUUUAUCGCAGAUGAGAAUGAUACAAAUAACUUCCGAAGAUAAGAAUAAAGAGAAAUGUAAUUCUACAACAUUUUCAUUUGAAGAUGUAUUGAAGUCUGUGGAAUUUCCCACUGCUGAUGAUAUUGCGAUGUAUGAAACGCAAUGGCGACUCUGCCCUGCAGAAAUAGUAGAAGAAAUAAAGGUACAGGCAAGUAAGGCAUUAGAAGAUAAUGAUGAUAAUUUCUCUUAUCCACUACUUCCUCGCGUAUCGGAGUGUUGGUUUGGACGACUAUUGCGAGCUCUGGCAGUUAAGGAUUAUCUUUCUGUAAUAGAACCGAAUAUGGAAUCCUCUACAUCUCCAUCUCCAUCAUCUCUUCAUCUUGAUAAUCUACUGCGGAAAUCUCUGGAGGCUGUACGAAGGAAAAGACAACAACAGCAACAGCAACAACAUCAAAGACGAAAACAUGGUGGGGAAAAUGUCGAAAUGAGUGAAAUUCAAGAGACGGAAUUGGAAGUUUUGAAGAAUGCUCUGCGAGAGAUGUUAUCAUCAGAUACUGUAACGGAACGAUUUCCCCUCUUGUUUGAUGUAGUGUCUCUUAUAACUGGAGUCAAUGAUGAUGAGGUUAUUCUAGAGGUGUAUCGAGCACGCCUUUUUAGUGCACUCACUAUAGAGAUUUUUGGACGUGUAAAAACAGCUUCUGCCCGUUUGUUGUUGGCGUAUAUAAAUGGUAAUAGCAGUGGUGACUCAAUCUCCUCUGAAGUGGCAAUAUCAGCACGUGCUUGUGGUGUUGUCAUUGGUGUUAUUGAAUAUGCUAUUGCCUACCGCUGCUCACGUGAAGAUGGUACAGGACGCUGUCCAUUGACUGCAGCAGCACUUCUUCUUCAUAACCUUGUGGAACUACAAGAUGAAGCUAUGAAAAAGGAUAAUAUUAUUUUAUCAAGUUCUCUUCUUGCCACUAUUGUAGUUAGUUGUAUACAAGAACUUAUCUGUUCUAUGGUGACAGGCGGUGGGACAGGAACAACAACAACAACACCUCAUCAACGUCCUCCUAGUAGUACAGGAGAUGCGUCAAACGUGGAAGGAAAGAAAAAAAUAAUUGAAGAAAAUUCUGUUUGUAACCCUAUUACAACUCGAGCGUUAACGUUGCAAGAAGUGGAUGCCGUUCUUCGGGUUUUUUUUCCAGCGUUCUUGCAACAGAUGGGGUUUGAGUGGCCAUGGUCUGAAUCUCUGCGUCAAGCUCGACAGCUUGACAAAGUACAGCAAAAGACUAUCUCAAUACAAGAUGGUGUACGGAUAAACAGUAAUGCUGUAUUUGAAGAAAUUUUCUUUGCACUCAGCCAUCGAACGUAUGCUGCUCGCCUUAGAUGUAUUCUUCCUCAAAGUUGUGAUAGACUGCUUGACGCUGUCUUUCCUACUGAUGAUGAUGAUGAUGGUGAAAGAAGAACUAGGAAUGGUGACGGUGAUCAUGAAGAUAAUAAAGGGAAACCUCCUCAAUUUGUAAUGCCUGCAUAUUAUCGAGCAGCAGGAGAGGUUAUGUUAGAAUUUUUUAAACGUUCUGGAAUCAAUGGAACUACAUCCGCAGAAACAGAACGUGUUCUGCAACGUAGUAUAGAUAUCCUACCAAUGAUUGUGCAGCUGCAAGCUCUUGGAACACAUCUAGAUAAUAAUACAAUGGAAGAAGGAGAAGAUGAUGAUAAUGAUCAUCAUAGUCACCACCACCAACAGCAGCAACGGCAUGCCAGUCAAGAAAAUAAUUUGCUUCGCACAGUACGUCUAUCUGAAGAAGAAAAACACCGUUUACUAAUGCGGUACCGCUGUGAAGUAUUGUUGGCAUCUAUUAUUGUCUACACACAAUUGCAGACCGUCAGUCUUGUACAACAACUGAUACGACAGUUGGCGCCAUUAAUUGAGAAAUUGUUGCUUCCGCUGCUUCAGGGACGUACACUGCGCCGAUCUGCUGUGAUGAUACGAACGAAGAGAAACCGUUCGGAGCACGAAAAUAUGACAGAAGAGUCUGUGAUUGAAUUUACACCGGAGUUCAAGGUACUUGUGGAUAAGAUUCACUAUCAAUUCUACCCUCUUGAGUGGAUUCCAGAAGUGAUAGAUACACAACUUCGACGACGUGCCACUGGCGAGGAUAUCCCACCACACACAUAUUACUCUGUUUUUGCUGCAGUUGCACAUCAGUUUGGUCUCAUACUGCAGGGAAGCCCGCAGGGGGUGCGUGGUGGAGAUGGUAGCAGUAAUACUGUGAGGGUAAAGGCAUAUCGCUUUUUUACAGUAUUAUUGGUAAACAGUAUUGGGGACGCUGUUACGUCUUCUUGUGAAUUUGAGGGUGCUAUUGCAGUUGCCGCAACACGACGGGUUGGGGGUAAUCGACAGCAGCGUGAUGUAGAUAGCGCACAACUGCAACAGCGAGGUGCACCAUCUUUUCACACGGUUGUAAACUCACAUGACGUAGUUCUCACACUAGCACAGUGUCUGCUACCGGUGGAACUCACUUCCCUGCCGGAUCAAACGGUGGGAUUGGAAAUGACUGAAAACGAGGAACAGAGAGAGUUUGGGUGUGAGGGGUGGAUUCGUCGAAUUGUGGAAUGGACGCAGUCAAAAAGUGCCAGAUGGACUAUGCAGGGAGCAACAGUAAGAGAAACAGUAAAUACAUCGAUUAUUUCACUGCAAAAUAGCUUCACAUUUGAUGCUGUUCCGCUUUCUCGAGAAGUAAUUCGUGUGGCACGACGACGACUGAUUGAAAAGAUGCAUGUAACUGAAGAAUAUGGAAAUACUUCAUCUGCUAAUUUGUUACUUCAACAACAAUUAUUGAGUCUUCAAAGUUUACUGGAAAGUAUUGAGUUGCUACCGCAAGAAUUGUCGCAGAAAGAAAGGGUGAUUACUGCGGCAAUGUUGUUGUGGUCAUCACCGUUUUUCUCCCAUGAACUUCAACGUUUGUGGUCGUUAUAA